CCCUGCCUCUCAGAUGUGAGGCUGGUGGGGGGCCCCCACAGCUGCGCCGGGCGAGUGGAGGUGCUUGUGGCCGGGCGCUGGGGCACCGUGUGUGACGACGGCUGGGACGAGAAGGACGUGGCCGUGGUGUGCAGGCAGCUGGGCUGCGGGCAGGCUGUGGAGGCCCUGAGUAGCAGCGUGUUCGGCCCGGGCCCCGAGUCACAGCCUGUCCUGAUGAUGGACGUGCAGUGCCAGGGGACGGAGGCGGCGCUGGGGACCUGCACCUACAAGCAUGCGGAGAACCUCUGUGAGCACUUCGAGGACGUGGGCGCUCGCUGCCAAGACAGGGACGUGCUGAGGCAGAAGCGGCUGCGUAGGACUCCACACAAUGCAGGGCCUCCCCCCCUGGACUGGACAGCAGCUGCCGGCGUGGGAGUCUCUGCCCCCUCAGGAACAUGUCAGGCUAGGCUGGUGGGGGGCCCCCACAGCUGCGCCGGGCGAGUGGAGGUGCUUGUGGCCGGGCGCUGGGGCACCGUGUGUGACGACGGCUGGGACGAGAAGGACGUGGCCGUGGUGUGCAGGCAGCUGGGCUGUGGACAGGCUGUGGGAGCGACGAAUAGCAGAGUGAUCGGUCCAGGCCCCAAGUCACAGCCUGUCCUGCUGAUGGAUGUGCAGUGCCAGGGGACGGAGGCGGCGCUGAGGAACUGCACCUACAAGGAUCCUGGGGGCAACUGUGAUCACAGGGAGGACGCGGAGGCUCACUGCCAAGAUGUCAGGCUGGUGGGGGGCCCCCACAGCUGCGCCGGGCGAGUGGAGGUGCUUGUGGACGGGCGCUGGGGCACCGUGUGUGACGACGGCUGGGACGAGAAGGACGUGGCCGUGGUGUGCAGGCAGCUGGAAGUGACAAAUAGCAGCGUGUUCAGCCCGGGCCCCAAGUCACAACCUGUCCUGAUGACGGACGUGCAGUGCUGGAGGACGGAGGCGGCGCUGGAGACCUGCACGUAUGAGGUUCCUGGAGACAACUGUGACUACGUGGGGGCUCGUUGCCAAGAUGUGAGGCUGGUGGGGGGCCCCCACAGCUGCGCCGGGCGAGUGGAGGUGCUUGUGGCCGGGCGCUGGGGCACCGUGUGUGACGACGGCUGGGACGAGAAGGACGUGGCCGUGGUGUGCAGGCAGCUGGGCUGCGGGCAGGCUGUGGAGUCCCUGAGUAGCGACGUGUUCGGCCCAGGGUCCGAAUCACAGCCUGUCCUGCUGACGGACGUGCAGUGCCAGGGGACGGAGGCGGCGCUGGGGACCUGCACGUAUGAGGAUCCAGGGGGCAAUUGCGACCACAAGGAGCACGUGGGGGCUCGUUGCCAUGAGGUGCCAAAGGUGCCGGUCCGGCUGGUGGGCAGCAACGCCACGCGCUGCAGUGGGCAGGUGGAGAUUUUCCACCAGGGCCGCUGGGGCACCGUGUGUGGGCUGGGUUGGGACCUGACAGACGCCAAGGUGCUUUGCCGGGAGCUGGGCUGCGGGACCCCGCGGUACAUCACCCAAAGCUGCCUCAAGUUCAGUCGGAGCUCAGAGCCCAUCCUGCUGGGCCUGCUGGACUGCACCGGGCACGAGACCUCGCUGACCCAAUGCCAAUUUCAGGACUGGGCAGAAAAGCCCUGCCCUUACCACCGGGACACCGGAGUCAAGUGCCAAGAGCCCUUUGCGCUGCGGCUGGUGGACGGCCCAGGGAGGUGCGCCGGGCGGCUGGAGGUGCAGUAUGACGGGGAGUGGGGCACCGUGUGUGACGACCACUGGUCCAAUUCCAGUGCCGACGUGGUGUGCCGGGAGCUGGGCUGUGGCCUUGCUGAGCCAGUGGCCCCAAAGCUGAAGGACCGGCCCCGCUUUGGCAAGGCUACGGGGAGAAUCUGGCUGGAUGACGUCCGCUGCAAAGGCACCGAGAAGACCCUGCAGAACUGUGCCCACCGCGUCUGGGGCUACCACGACUGCACCCACCAUGAGGACAUCAGCGUGGUCUGCCAGGAAGAGCCCUUUGCGCUGCGGCUGGUGGACGGCCCAGGGAGGUGCGCCGGGCGGCUGGAGGUGCAGUAUGACGGGGAGUGGGGCACCGUGUGUGACGACCACUGGUCCAAUUCCAGUGCCGACGUGGUGUGCCGGGAGCUGGGCUGUGGCCCUGCUGAGCCAAUGGUUGCAAAGCUCAGGGACCGGCCCCGCUUUGGCAAGGCUACGGGGAGAAUCUGGCUGGAUGACGUCCGCUGCAAAGGCACCGAGAAGACCCUGCAGAACUGUGCCCACCGCGUCUGGGGCUACCACGACUGCACCCACCAUGAGGACAUCAGCGUGGUCUGCCAGGAGAGCUGAGCCAUCCACAGCUCCUCCGCGGCCUCCCACGGCUCCCCUGCCGUCUGAACUUCCAACUUCCCGGCCCUGCCUGCCCAGCCUGGGAUGAACACAGGGAUCCAGAGCAUUCCUCUGCCCCCCAUGAGACACAUUCUGUGGGCUCUGAGCCCCGGUCCCCGGGGGAUGCAGCACGAAGUUGGCACACACCAGGGCGGGUGUCUCAUUAGCAGUGGGGCAGCCCACCCACCAUCAGAACAGGAGUUUCCAGGUCCCUCAUUCCAACCCCAGCCAAGGAGGGGCCGUCCCUGAUGGAUCCCACCAUUGCUGGGGUGGGGCUGCACCUCUUCCCCGCGGUGCAAGAUGGCCCCUCCCCGCAGGUGUCUGUGCUACAUGGCCAGGCUGGAGCCCUGGGGGAGACCCUCAUGUCACAGCCAUCCCGACUGCGCAGAUGCAAAUAAAGAGCUGAAUCUGCUGGAGGACUCGUGUCUCCCUGCGGCUGCCGAGUGCUCGGUAGGAUCCCAACCCCCAAAACCGAACACCCUGGCCCUGCCCACCCUUUCUCUGAGGCCCCGCCCCACUCCACCAUGCCCCACUGCCAUUGUUCACAGGCUCAUUUUCCUCUGGCUGCCUCAGGAGGCUGGGGUGUGGGAGGGGAUGAAGCUCUGGGAUGGGUCUGGGUACAGGCGGAGGCUGUGGGCUGGGACCAAGGAGUCCCAGGAGGCAGAUCAGGGCAGGAGCUGGGCUUUAUCCGCUUUAAGCCAUGCCUGGAGCUGGGACACUACUGAGCAGUAACAAGUUUGACCUCGGUCUCAGCUCAUAGGAGCGAUAAGAACGGCGCUGAGCCAGGUUCGUGCCCACCCGGUAAACAAUUGGAGUGUAACUAGUGCGGGGAGUUUCCUGUCUGGUGAGUCUCUCCAGGGACCUAAACCUCGAGGAGUGCCCUGCAUCCCCCUAGCUGGAGCCACGCCCACUGCGGCCCGUGCGAGGUGACCGGAACCGGACUCCCUGCAGACCUGAACGGGCGGAAGCAUUUCCAAGUGCCUGUUACUCUCCUGUGCAUUGCUUUGCCUCUGCUGAUUGGGGUAUUACUUUGCAGUAGCUGGGUAACCAUGUGGCAGUCUUAAGCCUGUAAUAGCAGUGACACAGUGAGAUCAAUAAAAGCAACUCUCUGUC